AUGCGGGCCAUGGCUGAACUCAAGGCCGCGGGAAAGAUCAAGCACAUCGGCCUCUCGAAUCUAAGUUCUACCGAUUUGCGGCGAGCUGUUAGGAUUGCGCCCGUCGCAGCGAUACAAAUUGAAUACUCCGUCUUCAGUCGCGACAUUGAAGGUCCAGAGGGCACUAACCUCCUCGCCACGAGCCGCGAACUUGGCGUUGCAGUUGUUGCUCACUCGCCUCUUGGUCAUGGUAUGCUCACGUCGCCUUAUUCAAGCGGCCGAGUCGUUGGCGACAAAGAUAUCCGCGAAUCUUUCUUCCCUCGAUUCCAUCAAGACAACCGCGACCAGAACAUCCACCUGACCUCGCAGUUCACGACUCUGGCUGCGAAGAAAGGUUGCACAACUGCGCAGCUUGCAGUGGCAUGGCUAUUGAAACAGGGCAAUGACAUCAUCCCAAUACCUGGCACUAAGAAGGUAAACUAUGUGGAAGAGAAUUGGGGCGCACUUGAGGUUGAGCUCUCGGAUGAAGAGGAGGCCGAAAUUCGGGCUUUUGUCGAGAACGCUGAAAUCGCCGGCGGCACUAUGCCUAACGGGAUGGAAGACAGUUAUUUCCCUACUACAGUCGAGGAAGCCUAA